AACAUAGGCCUUGGUUCCACGACUGUGUUUAUUACAUUUCGAUUGCUCUGAUGUUACUGCUCAUGUACCUAUGCUAGAUCCAAUUGCUAUAUUAGGGAAACGGCCGCCCAAACCGAUAGCAUACACCAAACGAUAUUACAGGGAAGCAAGUUGAUGUAAGGAUUGACGGCUUGCUACUUGCGAAUAUGAAGCCCUAACUUGUACCAAUGGCUCAACCCAGCCGACAUCGAAUGACAUAACAGACCAUUAAACUAAACAUCACGGCGAGCAGCGAACCAAGAUUGAGUGGGGGCCGGCGGCGGAGCGCACACCUAUGUGGUCGGUGAAUCCUCCAGCAUGCACUUGAUACUUGAUCAGUGAGCAAAACCUCAACCAAAUUCGAACCAAAUCAAUUACGCAGCAUGCCCCCGUGUAAGCAUGCUGCGAAGUUCACUCGGCGUGCUUCGUGUGCGCACAUUGACGUGUUCUUUUUCUUCGUCCUUGAUCUUCUCCCCAACCACUUCUAAUCCUCUCGCACGUCUCCAGCGAUACAACUAUCCCAAAGCGCAUCAUCAUGUUAUGUCGUCGGAUGGCGAGUCCCAAUCCAUCGCCUACCGCUUUAUUGAAGAUGUUGAAGACAUUUCAAAAUAUCGUCCUGGGGGGUUCCAUCCUACUUACAUUGGCGACGCACUGAAGGAUAGGCAGUAUCGCAUCAUGCACAAGUUGGGGUACGGUGGCUAUUCAACCAUUUGGCUAGCUUUGGACACGUUGCGCCGGGAGUACGUCGCGAUUAAGAUAUGUUCCGCUCACGCUAGCGAUGAUUCGGUAGAAGAACAAAUACUCCAGCACCUGUCGAAUACAGAGCAGGAGAGCCCCGUCACCCACCCUGGGAAACAUCUGGUUCAAUCCUUGCUGGAUGUGUUUGACCUUCGGGGCCCGAAUGGUCACCACAAGUGCCUCGUCAUGCCCCCGGCUAUGAUGAGUAUUGGUGAUGCCAAGGAGGCGUCAUACUCAAGGCUCUUUCAGCCGAACGUUGCCCGUUCCAUAAUAUCACAACUAGCUCUAGCUGUUGGCUUUAUGCACGAAAAGGGCAUUGUACAUGGUGAUAUCCACAUGGGAAACGUCUUUUUCAGGCUGCCGCUCGAUGUCAACAACCUUACGCCGGAGGAAAUCUACCAGAAGUAUGGAGAGCCUGAGCUGGAGCAGGUCGUUAGAGAGGACCGCAAUCCCGUCGGCGACGGUGUCCCGAGCCACCUUGUCGUACCCAUCUGGAUGGGGAAAUCAAGCGAAGACAUGGAAAUGUCCGAAGCUGAAGUCCUUUUGAGUGAUUUCGGCGAGUCGUUCAUGCCGGCCUCUGUUGAUCGAUUCUACUCGAAUUCACCUCUGUCUUUUCGUCCGCCAGAAGCUCGCUUUCCAUCGAAGCCGUUGGGUUUUGCCGCCGAUAUCUGGAGUUUGGCAUGUCUCUCCUGGGAAAUUCUCGGAGCGCGACCCCUAUUUGAGUCAUCGAUGGCGACCGAUGACGACGUACUCGCUGAUAUAGUUGACCUACUUGGAAAACCCCCCCCUGAAUGGUGGACGCAAUGGAAUGCGCGUUCUCAAUUCUACACCGAAGACGGAGAGUCGGGUAUUAAGCUGGCACCAGAAAGGCUACCGGGGACUUUAAGAUGGGGCUGGAGCGAGCGUUUGGAUUUGUGUGUACAACGGCCGCGACGGGAAGCAGGGUUUGAUGGGAUUAGCGAAAAGGAGUGGACUUCACUGCUGGCUAUGCUGCAGUCCAUGAUGCAUUUUGAGCCAGAUCAGCGAGCCACGGCAAAACAGAUUCUCCAGAGUGACUGGAUGAAACACUGGGCUGGUUGCAAAGAAAACUCUAGAUAGGAAGUCAUAAGGGCGCAAAUUAAACUCCAUUGGCCGGGGCGGAGAACAUGACGCGAACAUCCUGAGCGGCGAGUAGCUUCGAAGUCAAUCGAGUAAUAUUGGUUG